UGUGGUUGAGAGGAGGUUACUAAGGCAGAGAGUUUUCCCCAGACUGAGGGAAUACUGCAGAUGCACAUAUGGAGUUGAGUUCAGAGGUAUUGACCCAUAUGAAGCAGCAGAACCCAAAAACUGGCCAACGCAGAAGGAACGACUGCAAAUUCUGGAGGACUGCAGGAAGAACUCUCUGGGACCUUUCUUUGUGGGGUUGGUGGGUGAACAGUAUGGAGAUGUAUGUUUACCUGAGCAAAUUGAAGCCUCUGAGUACCAACAUGUUCUCAAGGUAUGCCAACAGAUGGGCCUUAGGACUGACAUUUUGGAGAGAUGCUACCAGAGAGAUGAAAAUGCCAUUCCUCCCUCUUUCUGUAUCCUCAAUCCAGCAGGACAAUUUAAACACUCUGGUGUCCAGGCAGCAAGAGAAUCCAAAUGAAGAGAAAAACUGGAGUAAGGUUCUUCCAGAGGUGAGAAGAAUCCUUCAUGAUGUUGUGACCCAGUGUAUUCAGGAGGGGAUUAUGACACCAGAAAAAGCUCAGAAAUAUUUCAGAUCAGCUCUUGAAAACGACAUCCGCUAUGCAUAUGAAGAUCAUUCCAGUGAAGAUAUUGCAAGAUGUCUUUGCUACGUUCAUAAAAUAACUAACACAAGGAAAGCGAUUGGAUUGCCUCCAGAAAAACAAGCCCAGCUGCACCAGCUGACCCAGCUCCGAGACCACUUCCUGCCAAGCAUGGUUGUUUUCCACAAAGCCCUGGUGUACAGCACCACCACAAAGUGCAAACGUCUGCAAGGUUACACACCUGAGAUGAGGUUAAACUUUGCUGUUGGUCUGAGUGAGCAGCUACAUACAGAUCUCAAGAAACUCAUUGACAGUGCGGUCUCAAAUGAGAGGGCUGUUACAAUCGAUGAAUUUGGCCAGAAAGAUCUGUGCCGCAUCUUUUCUUCUCUUUACAGAAUUGAACGGACAGAAGUCGAACAUGUAAAAUCCUACCUAGAGGGAAAAAAUACAAAAUUUCCCUUUAUACUCAAUGGUAGACCAUGCUCAGGCAAAACUGUGCUUCUGGCUCACUGUGCAAAUCAGGCAUCCGUAUGGCUGAAGGACCUGGAUCCCGAGAUCAUUGUGUACUUCAUAGAUGUCAACAACUCUCUGAGACAGCUUCUCAAAGACAUUUGUAAAAGGGUUGAUUCAAGUAGUACCUGUGUCAACAACAUCUUUCAGCUAAAAGAAAAUUUCAAAAUAAAUCUGACCGCAAGAUCACCCUCAAAGAAGCCUUUGGUGCUCAUCAUAGAUGGUCUUGACCAAUUGUCAAAGACUGAUGGACAACUCGACUUGACAUUACUUCCCGAAUCAUUAUCUCCAAAUGUAAAGCUUCUCAUUUCUAUAAAUGUAAACAGGCCUGAUCUUCUUGCUACUCUGAAAAAGUAUUACCCAGAUUCAACUGUGUUCUGUGAGCUGCAAGAAGUAGAAAGUAGAAGCUGCAGCCAGCUUCUGACAACACUUCUUCAGGAGUCCAAUAGAAAGAUCACCUCAGGCCAACAGAUGUAUGUGAAUCAGGCUUUUAAGAAAUGCUCUGUCUUACUAUAUGUGGAACUCCUUCACAGACAGGCAAUCCACUGGAAGUCAGAGUCUGAGAUUACGGAGAACACUCUGGUCCAAGAGGUCCAUAAUAACAUUGUUCUGAUAUUUGAUCAUCUGGAGAAGAAGCAUGGGAAAACUGUUGUCUCCAAAGCUUUAAGCUAUCUUACCUUGGCCAGGUAUGGCAUGACCGCAGCUGAGCUGACUGAUGUUCUUUCUUGUGAUGAUGAAGUUCUCACAUCUUUCCUUCCACCAGGUGAUAGCGUACCACUCACAGUGAGGGUUCCUGAAGUUUUUGUGGAAAGUCUUCUUUCAGACCUGAAGGGGUUUCUAGUGCUGAGAAACAUUUUAGGUACCCAAACUCUUUUCUGGGUCAGUAGACACUUCCCCUUGGUCGUAUGUAAAAGGUACCUGUGCUCAGAGGAAACCAGUCAGGAAAUACAUCAUAUGCUGUUAGACUAUUUUAGUGGCUCUUGGGCAAAUGGCACAGCAAAGCCUUUGAUCAUCAGUGAAGACAUGAAAAUGCCAGGCUCUUCAGAUGCCCCCCAGAAUAUAAACAUUGACAGACAAGUACCGAGUCAACCUUGGAUUUUUUCUCCUCCUUUCAAUAUCUCUACUGCCAAGAGUCCACCAGCAAGAACACAUCCCAAUUUGAGGAAACUCCACAUACUCCCUUUCCAUUUGUUGAAAAGUGGGAGAAUUGAGGAGCUUGGUAACCAAAUGAUUUCUCAGGAAUACCUUCAGGCAAUGAUGCAAGCAGAACUGGCUGACGAACUGUUCCUGUGGCUUGAGAGGACAUCUCAGUUGGUGUUUGCCAAGAAACUGCAGCUCCUUCACAUCAUCUUGAGAUCUUCAGCUUGUCUGCUGAGGAACAACCCUGCCGAUCUGCCAAUGGUACUGCAAGCCAAACUUAUUCCUUUUAUGAAUGUUUUUCCUGCAUUGGAAGAAUGUGCUAAUCCACCAUGUUCUGAAGGUAUUAUCCCAAAAAAAGGAGUGUAUACUGUGUUGCCUCCAUUUCCCGCAGUACCUUACACCCACUGUACACCGCAAGAGUCCACAUCUUCCCGAAUCAUACAGUCAGCUGGAUCUUCCUGUGGCACUGUGGUGGUUGUACUGGAGAAUGGUGCUGCUUGGGUUUGUAAUGGAGGCAUAUUUGAAGGAUUCAGACUAACACAAUCCUCUAAACUGCAUUUCACAGGUGUCGUUAGCUCUGGAAACAUAUUCCUUCUGAGCACCCAUUGUGGUAAACUUGUCUUUUUGGAUGCAAGUGUUAACACACAGCCUCAAGAGAUUCAAUCUCAAAACAGGGAGAACGCCAUUCUUGAGGGUGCCUUGGUGUCUAAUGACAAACUCUUUGUUUGGUGGAGAGGACAAAACAUUGUUAAUGUAUUUGUCGAUAGAGAGGAGCAGACCGAACUGCACUGCACUUAUGAGAUAACCUGUGUGACAUGCUCUGAGAAAGGUGAUAUAAUUUACUGUGGACAGAAAGAAAGUUCUGUGACGAUAUUUGAUUGGUCCAAUGGUCAGCUUCUAGCCACCUUUACUUGUCCAAAAGAAAUGCCAUUAAUUGAAAUGAUUCUCUCUGAGGGUGACGGGAUGAUUACAUGUGUCGAUCAAGCUGGAAACACGUUUGCUUGGAAUCUUGAGAACUCAACAGAAUCAGUUCUGAUUUGUGAGAACCACUGCACAACCCAGGGGAAGGUGUUAAAUACAGACUACAAAGGGGACAAUGUUCUCCUAAUAUGUAAAGAGCAACAAAUGCAACUCAUUGACAUUCAUCAAACCGAUGUACUUGACCAAUUCAAUCCCCCAAAAGGCAAAACAUUUAAGGAAGCCAUAAUGGAUCAAAACUCUUGCUUCAUUCUUGCUGUACUGUCCGAUUGCCCAUUUCUGCUGGUCUGGAAUUGUGACUCUGGACAGUGUGUGUUGAGUCUGGACACUGCAAACUGUCAAGCUGUUAAACUUCAGAAAUGUGGGGCCACUUACCUGGCAGCAAUAACAAGCAUAAGUGUUCUUAUUUGGGACAUGGAUCUCAUUAAAGCUUCAGCAUUGGCACCAAAAUCUGGAAAGAGGGUGGAGAUGGUGGCUGUGGGAUCUCAUGGAGAAAGUUGUUACUCUUCGGAUGGCUCCAAACUUAUUUGGAAGUGGGGGGUAUCAAGUGGCAAAGUAGAAGGCCGCUUCCUUCACCAAGGUACUGUGGAGUCUAUGUCUGUCUCUGGAGAUGGCAACUACCUUGUGAGUAUUGCAACUGGAGACAUAUAUGUCUGGGAAACCAGUAGUGGGGAAAAUAUUUACAGAAUCUCUAAUAGUCAAGCUUACAAGGUUCUAAUAACACCCAAGGGCAACUCUGGAGUUGCACUAUCAGAGACAUGUCCAUCAAGGGUGUGGAAAUUGCAGAAUGGACAUGGGAUUUGCAACAUUCAUCUUCAUCUCAGAAAUGCCACUAUUUCUUCAGAGAGCACCUUCCUUUUAGGACUUCACAAUGAGGAUCUCUUGGCUGUCAGCCUCUGGUCUGGUAACGUAAGCAAAUGUUUCUCAUGCUCUGACCGGUCAGAUGUUGUUGCUUUCCAUUCUCUUCUUGCCCAUCCAGAUUAUGUGAUUGUAUCUUCAGCCUCAGGCGAUGUAUACUCCUGGAGUUUAACAGAGGACACUAUUUGUCAUCAAUUUCAGCUGCCAGACUCUUCUUUGUGCCAACCGGAGAUCUUUAGACUAUCAUCAAAUGGGGGGUAUGCCAUCCUUUCAAUAUCUGAAUCCACUAUAAACAUCUUAGAUUUCUCCAACAGUAAACUGUGCUCUUUGAGAACCGAAGGACCUGUUCUGCAACAAUAUGCAUCUGUAGGUGUUUUUGGACAAUAUGUGGUCUAUAUAUGUUUCUCCUCUCUGGUGUGCCAAAAUAUAUCCUGCGAUCUCCAUGAGAAGCCGAUGCUGGUAGCCAUACGUCUGACUGAUGGGGAAACCAUAGGCAGGUUCUUUUUGUGCAAGAACCCAUCUACUCUGACUGUUUCUGAGGAUUUGUUUGUGUAUGUGGGGUUUCAAGAUGGCUCUGUUGGGGUUUAUGCUGUUAAUGACACCAAGAAAGGUAAAAGAAGCUGUAAGGAGGAUGUUAUAAGCCCAACACACUUGUGUCCACUUGAUGAGCAAUUGAUUUGGUCACCUCUAGAAAAACCUAACCUUACUUGGGUUGAAUUGCCCCUGCAGUCGUAUUAAGUAAUUCCAGUGUAUUUUUUUUUUAUUCUUUACAAUGUUCUAGAGUGAUAAGAUGGCAUUUGUAAUAUGAGAUCUACAUAUGUUUAUCAUAUAAAAAAAUGUAAAUAUGUCCACUUGUUUCAUGCCUCAGAAUUCAAUAAGAUGAGAAAGCAUGUGUGAGAAUUACGAUAUAAAAAUAAAUGUAUUAAUGUCUCAUGGAGUAUCACAC